CUCCAAGCAGUCUUCUUUGAGCCCCAGGAUCCAGGCAAGUCCAGAACCUUCCAGUUGGGCACAGUGGGCACAAUGUUGCCUGUCCUGCUAUCUCUACUGCUGCUCCUGCUUCCUGCAGCCCCCCAGGAGACCCACGCUGGGCCUUACUCCCUGAGCUUCCUGUACACAGGGCUGUCCAAGCCCAGCAAGGGCUUCCCCAGCUUUCAGGCCACUGCCUUCCUCAAUGACCAGGCCUUCUUCCAUUAUGAUAGUGAAGGCAGGAAGGCUGAGCCCCUGGGCCCCUGGACCCAAGUGGAGGGCAUGGAGGACUGGGAGAAGGAGAGUGAACUUCAGAAGGCCAGGGAGGACAUCUUCAUGGUGACCCUGAGAGACAUCAUGGACUAUUACAAGGACAAAGAAGGGUCUCACACCUUUCAGGGAAUAUUUGGUUGUGAGCUCUGGAAUAACAAAAGCAGCAGAGCAUUCUGGAGGUAUGCCUACGAUGGACGGGACUUCAUCGAGUUCAACAAAGAAAUCCCAGCCUGGGUCCCCCAGGACCCAGCAGCUCUAAACACCAAGAAGAAGUGGGAGGCUGAAGAAGUCUAUGUGCAGCGGGCCAAAGCCUACCUGGAAGAGGAAUGCCCAGGGAUGCUGCAGAGGUACCUGCUCUACAGCAGGGUCCACCUGGACCGGCAAGAGCCUCCCUCUGUGACACUCACCAGCCACAUGGUCCCUGGAAAACACAGGACACUCAAGUGCCUGGCCUAUGACUUCUACCCCCGAGGAAUCAGUCUGCGCUGGACUCAGGGAGGCGAUGCGCAGGACACUGAGGCGGGGGGAGACGUCCUUCCCAGUGGAAAUGGCACCUACCAGUCCUGGGUGGUGGUAGGAGUGCCCCCUCAGGACAGAGGCCCCCGCUCCUGCCAUGUGCAGCACAGCAGCCUGGCCCAGUCCCUUGCUGUGCAGUGGGACAGGAGGCAGGAAGCAGGGCCUGGAGGUGAUGUGGGGACUUGGGCGCAGUAGCCAUCCUUCCUGUGGGCCACAAGAGCAAUGAACCCUACAACUCACUGCCAAUGUCAUCAUUGAGGCCCGGGUGGCAGGCAAGAGACAUGUGGUGGGUUCGGAGAUGAAAGACUUUUGAAUGCCUGGCACCGCGCUGACUCACUGCCAAGCCGCCUUGCAGAGUCCAGUUUUCUUAUCUGUAAAAUCAAAUCAACAAUAAUCGCCUUGCCUGAUACACAGUAUAGAAAAGUAUUUUUAAAGUGUGAAAUGCUGUCUAAA